UACGUAAACAACAGCACUCAGUAAAUUCUAUUCCUAUAAACUUAGAAAAUAAAUACUAUCUCGCCGCAGUGCUCUGCUCUCUGCUAGCAUUUCGCACAUUAGAUGAAUGACGCUGUCAUAGCAAUGAGACGACGCGAGGUUUUUAUUUUGAUUCUCAGUCUUCUUGCAACUCGAAUCCGAGUAACCACCGUCAGUGGAGACCCACAGCAAUCGCUUCUCGGUUGCCCGGCAUCCGAUUUGUUUACUUGCGAACAGGACUCGAUUCGGCAGAGACGCUCAUCCACAAUGGCCGGUAAACCAUUUGCUUGUGAUUUCGAGAUAUUUGGAACAGUACAAGGGGUGUUUUUCAGGAAGUACACGCAAAAGCAAGCGACAAGUUUAGGGCUCCGAGGAUGGUGUAUGAACACUCACGCUGGCACUGUAAAGGGCCAAAUGGAAGGCGAAGAAAAGCCAAUGAACGAAAUGAAACAUUGGCUUAAGACCAAGGGAAGCCCUUCCAGCCACAUUGAUAAAGCAGUUUUCGGUGAAAUGAAGGAAAUAUCAAAAUGUAGUUUCAACGAUUUCUCAAUCAAGCGUUAAAUACUAUUGAUCUCCAAUGUAAUCAAAUUGAAUCUUCAUUUUCAUCAGUUCGACUUUUUGAAGUCCAAGUUUUCGACAAAGUGAUUAACAUGCAUUCACGCUACUAAUGAGGGGCCUCGGAACGUAUACAUAUCAGACAAUACAAUACAUAUCAGACAAUGGCAAUGGCAGGCAAUGGCAAUAGCUACGCGAAAGACCAGUCGACACCGGUGGAAGCUUUGGCGAUUCUUCACAUUUUAAAAAUGUCACCUCUGAUGUAUAUAACGAACAAAUAACUUUCUUUCAAUGCUUUGUUCCAACCAAAAAUAUACAUUUUAGAGUUGAUUAGAUGAGUAUAAUAUAUCAGCGAGACAAAUUAGGCUAUUGCGAUAACUCACACUAGAAGUAAGGGGCUAUCCACAUACCACGUGGACAACUUUA